UUUGUAAUUGCAGACGGGGCUUCUCCAAGAGAAUAUGACAUCACUUUCCCGGAACGCGUUAAUGGCAGACUGGAAAAAAGGGAUUUAUCAACAUCUGAAAAGGUUUUUGAAGAUAAAUCCUUUAACAGUCAUUUGAACGUUAUUUUAAUAAUACUCUUUUAAUUCUCUGCGAGAAGGGUGGAAAUCAAACGCGUUCAGAUCUGAUGAUACCUAGUUUAACGAAUGAAAGAAUAGAAAAACUGCUCCUGCCAAACAUUUAAGAUACAUGGAAACGAUAUUGUUCAAAAAAUUUUCUGCCAAUUACAUGGCCAAGCAAAAUUCAGGAACUCGGGAUUUCUAGUUCUGUUUGAUCGGAGUUUAUUUCACAACAUUUUGUUUAUAAUUGAUGCGAACAAAAACAAUUGACCAAUCAGAGAGUUCAUAAAAUUCUGGCCGAGCGGAACUACCUAUUGCUUUUAAGUCCUUCGUGCGUUCUUCGUAAAUUAGGAACUCAGUUAUUUACUACGGAAGCACUCUUCGUAUUUAUGUACUAUCCUCGACGACCAAGAUGAUCAACUGUUAACUCACUUGUGGGGUGGACACCGGAUGACGAUGCUACGUUAUUUUAGGGAGGUCACGUGGAUGAUGCCUCUUACCGGUUGACUGCCUUUGACAAGGACUGGACCCUAGAUGUGAAGAGAAAUAAGUAUGUUCCAUUUCAUCAUAUAACUGCUGCUAAAGCCUGAUAAUGAUUUAGGUGUCUCUGUUUCAUCCAGUGCUUUUCUACAGUUCUCUAAGCUCACAAAAGCCCAGGGCCGGUUUGUUCAAAGCUUGGUUAAGAUAACCCAGGGUUAGUGUGAAAUCUGGUUUGAGAUCUGAAAGUUGUAAGAGAAAAUUCGGUCUUAUCUCUCUUUGUCCAAAAUUUGAUUCUUGGAUGCUCCAAAAAGAAGAGAGAAAUUUAUCCCAAAAAGACAUAUGAAAAAAGAAAUAGUUAGCGGGUUAGCGCUCAUCGACCUUCAAACAACUGGGCGUUGAAUAAGAAAUUUGAUUAUUUUCUGUAAAUUACAAGUAUGGUCACAAAUGCGCACAAAAACAAAUUUUACACCCAAACCCAAAAGAAAAAGCCAAGGUCUUCUCAACUUCUCUUUGUUUCAACGUCCAGCAUAUUGUGAGACAGAGACAAUUUCCGAAAAAUCAAACUCUACUGCAGUUUUAUUAGGUUACACUUUUGGCAAACAAAUAUUAAUGAUUCAAAAGAAGCAAAAUUAAAGAAGUUUAAGUAAACAUACAAAAAGUUUAUUUAUCUCUGUGACAAAAUGCCAGAUAACUUUAAAAAAAUCUAAACGUCUUUAAUUUCUCAAAAAAGCGAAACUCUAUUCAAUGUCUUCAAAUGUUCAAAAUAUUUGUCUCAGUAUCUAUCUUUCCUUCCAAAUAGUUAUUAUUACAAUUAUUAUUUUUUUUAAGUAUGGUUCUGUAUUCUCUCAAAUGUCACAUUAAAGUAUGUGAACUCAACUAGAGGCUGACUCCAAAUCUUGCCGGUUAUUCAGCUUCCAGGCUCUUCAUUUGCACAAUUUCUUGGACUGUUUGUUUCAAGUAUCUUUUAAUAUGGUAAAUCUGUAAUGUCUUAUUAUUAUGUUAUUGUUAUUGUCAUAAUGAUCGUUAAUUUAUCAGUUUGUUUAUGAAAAAGGAUUUCCCUAUUACUUUUUUUUGCUUUAAUUAUCCCACAGAGAACUUAUUUCUCCAUCAUUUGCCGUUCGCACGUUUGCUAGCGAUGGUUCAGAAGUGAUUCAAGAGGUGAUUUGCUGAGAAAUUGUUUUAAAAGUCUUAAUAUCAUCUGUCAUCACAAACAUGCCACUAGCAUCUCUUUUGCAUUGCCAUGUAAAGAAAGAUUACUUUAGCAAUUCUAACUAAUCAAACUGGCAUCCCUACGAGGUGCAAGAGGGUUUCAAGUUUAAACAGUUUGCAACUAUCUUUCCAAAAAGAUCGUCACGCUGUUCUUUCAAGAAUAGAGAGCUGUUUAUCACAAGAGAACUGCAAACGCAAUCUAUCAUGGACACAAGGACUUAUUUUUUCCGUCCACGUUUAAGUUGUUAGGUACUACGCUCAUUGAUAUUUUUUCCCUCAGUGUCUAUUUUCUUCUUUUUCUGAUCUUUUUCAGGGGGGUUCUGAUCAUUGCCACUAUCAAGGGUCCAUCCGGGGCUCGAAAGAUUCCACCGUUGUACUAAAUACUUGCUCAGGACUGAGGUAUUUUUACUAUUUAUAGAUAUUUGUUUUAAGGUUCGAGAAGAUGUCAUCAAUUACUUUAAUUAAAGUUACAUUCAUGAAUGAAAAUCUGGGAGCGAUGCCUUGAAAAACUAGCUUAGGUUGCUGUGUGAGUCACUCAAGAGUAAAGACAAACCAGUAAAACAAUGGGAAAGUACGAUCGCCCAUAGGAGGGUGGUCUUUCAAGGACUGUUGUCAAUGACAGUUUAUCCCAACAGAUUCAAUCGCUUAUGAUGAUGGCUUACGUAUAGGUUGUCAAAGUGCACGAGAAAAGUCUCAAGAAGUUCUUGUAUUGAAAGAACACGCAAGUAGCUGAUCAUGAAGGACGAAGGAAAAUAAUUUUUUUCCGUAAGAAAGUACAAAUUAUUUUCCUUGUGAGACAUAAAGAAGUUACGAGUAUAACUACAAACCGAAAAUAGCCGUUUCGAGGUUUUGAUCAAAGGCUUGCACUUCUUUGGUUUAGAGAGUUGGAUAAAGUAGCGGAUGUUUCACAAACAUUUUCCUAAGUAGGGCCGGAGAGAAAAUAAGAUUUUUUAAUCCUCGGAUUAUAUUUAAACUGCGGACAGAACUAUUAUGUUAAGCCCUCACCCGCACAAUCCAACCACACGAUUUUUACUCAUAUCGGUCAUAUUCAGACCACUAACUCAAAGUAAAAUCAGAGUAAAGGAACAAAUUUACACGCGUGGAUAUUCUCGGCUAGCUUCGAAUUACCAUGAGUCAUACCCAGGUAUAAUAGUAGAUGAAGAAAACAUCUUAUAAUUUCUUUCGACAGAGGGCUCAUAGAUGAUGGUGAAGAUACAUUUUAUAUAACACCCGAGUCGGGAAAAAGAGUAAGUCUUGUUAUUGAAAUUAAGAUUUUAAUCUAAUGAAACUUAAAAAAAGUGAAUUUUACAAUUGAUUUUUAUUUGUGAUUUAAAGAUAGAGGAAAAAACUUCGAUUAGUAAUUCUAUUCAUGAUCGAACUUCUUCUUAGGAAACUGGGGCCCACAAAGUGGUCCGGGCGAGGCAAGACGAAGCCACUCGAAUUCGUAAUAACUGCGGUAGGGUUAUACACAGAAUGAGAAAUGUUGUAAAAAAAAAGGUUGAGCUCAUCCCAAAGCAUUCAUAUUCUAAUAACGUUGAUUGAUAUUUAAAUCAGUUCUGAGGAGCAUCAAUGUCAGUUUCCUGCGGCCAUAGGUAAAAGAUUUCUCUGAUUUGAACAGCACUCUCACGUGUUGCUACAUGCCCUCGGGCACUGUACGUAAAGUUGAUGACAUAUGUUAUAAGAGUCAAAUGCGCCUUCAACCAAGAUUUUGCGCAGUCCUAACUGUAAAGACACAAGCACAUUCUGACAUAAAGGGGAAAAUUUGUAAAUUUUGCUCGUUCUUCUUUUAUUUGUAAUGAAAGAGUCUCAAGAGCUGUAGUCAUUUCAGCAAGGCUUGUUCCUAACAUGAAUUUUUGGUCGUAUUUUCUUUACCUCAGGAAACAAAGCGACUCACGCAGAUUCCCAUUAUUCAGAUGGAAAUCAAAGGCCAUUCUCUAAGGUAAAAUGCUGAUUAUGAUUUUCCUAUUAUUAAGUUUUAGAUUUCUAUAGAAAUCAAAGAAUCAAUGGAUGAAAUGCAUGAAAAAUUACAAUUAGAUUAGGUGUUUUCUGCGUUUUCAUCUCACUAAUAGGUAAGAAGAAGCGUUUUGGGUGACAUUGAUGAAUUCUACAAACCAUUUCUGACAACAAGCGAGACACGAUACACUGAAGUGCUUAUGGUUGUUGAUUUUGGAAUGGUAAGUAGACUCCAGCUGCUAUAAAUUUUCUAGCAUUUACUACUUGAGACAAUUAGGUGUUAGUUCAUACUGUUUCCUUUAUAUUUCCUAUGGUCCUACAAAAGAUAAAAUGUCAAGAAGUUUUUAAAAGAACGAUAAUUUCCUUUGUUCUCACGACCUUGAAGAUUAAUCCGGGGAGUAAAAAGGGCAGAGAGAAAAUAGCUGUUGGUUUCUCUUAGGAGUAAAAGCCUAAACACGAUGAAACUAUCAAACAGCCAAGUGUAUUUCAUCUCGUUGCCUUGUUUUUUUCAUAUUGUUAUGGCUGUAAACACUCCUUUGGCAUACGAAAGUGGGAGUGUCACCAUAACAUUCCUAAUGAAUUAAAAAUAUCAGAACCUUUUCAGAAAAUUGUUUAAUAAUGAAUAAUGAUACUUUAAUGAGAAGUAUUCUCGGAGUUUCACGGUUAAAACCUGGUUUAAAUGUUUAAUUCUUCUACAUCAGAUUCAGAAUUUACUGAGGGCUUUUCGAUUUUUAUUUUUCAGUACCAGAAAUACAAUAAUGACACCAAUGUCAUUAAAGAUCGCGUUGUAACACUAGCAAAUGCUGUUGAUGCCGUGAGUAUACAGUUUUAGAAGCAGAGAUUCUAAUAUAGACAUAGUCUUUUAAUGAUAGAAUGAAGGGAGGGGAGGGCAGUGAAGAGGGGGAGGGGUGAGGAACCGAAAAAGGUGGAAGCUUCUUUUUUAGCAGUUACCACACGUCUGAAAGUAUGUAAGUAAAAAAUCAUAAAUCAAGGGCUUUCCAGUAGAUCGAGAAAGUGGCUUCCCAUUUAGUUAUGGUACAGGUCUGCUAUUUCUUUUCAAAGUGACUCACUCUUCGAAGAUCACGAUGUUAGAUUCACUGUUGCUCUAAGAUAGUUCAAACCAUAAUAUUUUACUUACACUGAGUCAAUAUUCAUUUUCUGAGAUAUAAAGCCCUUUCCCUCGUCCCUAGGGGAGAGCAACAUCAAUCGAAUCAGUUUAGCGGAGUGUCUAGCAUUUCCUGAUUAAUUUUCCUCAUUCAGAUUUAUCAGCAGAUAAAUAUCAGGAUCGUGGUAAAGGGGCUGGAAAUUUGGACGAACGGCGAAGCUUUUGAACGUUCAAAGAAAGGAGGAGACGACCUUGGUCGCUUUAACACAUAUCGAAAAGAAAUAUUGGCAAAAACAAUUCCUCAUGACAACGCACAAUUAUUGAGGUAAGAAACUCUCAGUUCCUGUUAAGUCAAAGAUUCCAAACGACGUAAGGCUUAAAAAGUCGUUAUUGAGAGAUUUUCUUGUGAAUUAAAAACUACAUUGAUCAAGAGGUUCGUUUCAAAGACAAUGAUUGCUUGUAUUAAUUGAUUUUAUUGACUUAAAUGUGAUCAUGUAUAAACUUGUCGUCAACCAUGGCCACUUCCUCGACCUACCCCGGCUUCUUCUCUCAUAAAGAUCUGGAGUACCUCCAUUUAUGUAUAGAUGACAAAACAUUUUCUAAUUGAUGAAAAAAGUAGACUUGCGAAAAAAAUUCCAAAAUGAUUUAGUCUAAUCAAAUGAUUAAGGCAUGGAUUUGACAAAUAUCCAGCAUGCUGAUUUUGAUAUCUGUCCUGAGAUUUCUUAAAAUCUCCUGACGUGUUUUAAAAAAAAGGAAAACUGAAGCACUGUAUAGAUGACAAAACAUUUUAUAACUGAUGAAAAAAGUAGACUUACGAAAAAAAUCCCAAAAUGAUUUCGUCUAAUCAAAUGAUUAAGGCAUGGAUUUGACAAAUAUCCAGCAUGCUGAUUUUGAUAUCUGUCCUGAGAUUUCUUAAAAUCUCCUGACAUGUUUUAAAAAAAGGAAAACUGAAGCACGCAGCGUUUAAAAAAAAAUUACUGUAAUGGCAGCCGAGUAUAAUCUUGUUUAUAUAAAGCAAAUAAAAUUUACACAGCCCGAGGCUAACUAUUAAACCACAUUACUUAAUACGGUUGCCAUGAUUAUAAUAAGUUAGUAAACCAAAGACAAUUUCUUGGAUGCAAAAAGGAUGAAUUUUUUUUUAAGUAACUUAAAAAACUGAGCCGCUACCUUUAAAGGCCUAAAACGCUUAAGCUACAAAGGGUUAACGAGUCUAAUUCAAUACAGUAGGAAACAAAAUUAUAUGGUCUUUCAGGCCACAAAAAAACUCGCAUUAUUUUUACGUAGCUUAUAAAAAUUUGUCGUUAUUCAGUAGAGGAGCUGCUUCGAGUUGCCCUCUUCUUUUUGGUUUCAGCGACUGGAGUUGGUCUGACUGUUCUGGCAUGGCAUUCGUAAUGGCGAUGUGUGGCUCUGUAUCAAGUGGUAUUAAUAACGUAAGCUAGAAAAAAAAAAUUAGAAAUUGUCACACUGUCAAUAAAUAUGAAUGAAACUCAUAAGGAAGACUACCCUUUCAACCUGAAUAGCAAAUACCUCAACAAAAACGGCAUUACAUGUUUGCUUAUUCGGGUUUUGUGAUAGAAACAAAGUUAGUGGAAUCGGUUUGCACUUAUGGCAUAAAUUAAAAUUUUACAUACUGCGCGUAAGCAUUAUAGCACACGUAAAAACCCUCUAUAAAACAAUAAAAACGAACAAAGGAAGAAAAAACCAAUAUUUUUAAGUAGAAUCAUUUUAAAGAGGCCAAAUAGUUUUGUUAGCUGCUGUUUAUCUUAUACUGACACCAGUUGUUCAACUUUACUAUUCUAGUGGGACUAUGGAAAUAUCAUUGGCCCUUACGCGCUUGUUGCUCAUGAAAUGGGUCACAACUUUGGAUUUAACCAUGACACAGGUAGAAAUAGACCCUAUGUGACUGAGUUCCGUUGUCGAUCUCAGGAAACACGAGAUCGCACUCCACGAUUACACUAAGAGUUCUCUGUAUUAUUCACAGGAAAAAAACUUGAAUUUACUUAAUCCUUUAUUUGUUGUUGUCUUUAUCCAUUCAUUUAUUUGAUUAAUAAUCUAUUUUUACACAAAUUCCAUAUUUUCGCAAAUUUACAAAUUACUAGUGUUAUUUGACCUGUAGAGAAUAAAGAACAUUGUUAGUAUAAUUAUUAUACCCUAUUGAGAAAAACGCAUUUACCAGGUCAAACACAUCCCUUUUUAUUUGGGUUUUCUAUUAUUUGCUUAUUGUAACGUAUUAUCUGAUAAAAUCCGUAGUUCAAACCCAUAAAUGAAUUUACAACUAAGUGGUUAUUCACAAGAUUGUCUGCACUUUUCGAUAAGUUAUCGAAAAUAAUUUGUUCUUUUCGCAGAAAGCUGUAAGUGUUUGACCCCAAGAGGUUGCGUCAUGGGCCGUCACAAGUAUGUUGUAUUUGUGUAAUAUUUGUAAUACAACUUUGCACUCGUGGUAGAUGAGAAUGCACUCGUUUUGUACCAAUCAAAAGCGCGUGAUUUUUUCCUGUACAUUAUUAGCAUAAAUAUCUGCAUGCUAUUUCGAAACAUGAGACGAGUGUUCAGUCAACAAUACUUUUAAUUUCUCUGGUCAUAGUUUUAAUCAUUGGCCAUGGAUAAAUUCGGUAGCACAGGGUGAAAAACCGUAAGCAGAUGCAUUUGGAAUAAAACAGUGGUCUUUGGCAAGUAACAUGACUCAUUCCAAAAUCUUUUGAUUGGGUGUUCCAGAACCAAAACCAAACUGUAAACCACAAGCAGCCAUCUUGAGGCAAACAUUGCAAAGUUACUAACACCGUUCUUACUUCGUCAGUACUGUUAUCGGGGUUACUUUGACAUAGACGAACAAUCACGUGAUAGGAAAAGAAUGGCGAUUUCAAAAAAUCCCAUCGUGGCAAGAAGUACCACGGAUCACAUUGAGCAAAAAAAGCAAGGAACUCAAACGUAAUUAAUUCCUCCAUUCGCGUAUUGGGAUCGGUAAGGUUGAUGUGUGCUAAAAAGGCUGUUGCAAGUUUUUCGGGCUAAUCACAGAGAUAUACAAUUUGGCUCGCAGGACCAGAGUUGCAGGAUUUUCUAACUGCAGUUUGACUCAGCUUCAAAAACUGAAUGACUGGUGCUUAUUUAACGUGCCAUCGUACAAGGUAAACAUUUUGAUUUCAAGAACGAGUAUUUACUAAAGUAAUCAAGCGAUCAAAUGUUAUAUUAACCAAACUUCAGCCUUGAAACAUACACAGCGUUAAGUCAAGAGGUUUGCUGGUGUCAAAGGUAUUUAGGUGACAUUAUACCCCGUCAGUGUUUGCCAUUUUUCACCAAAUCUACGCAGCUCUGAAGGGUAUCUAUCCAGCUAAAACUUGUUCCAGAUAAAACAAUAUAAAAAGAUUGAUUCGCCAUCACCUAUUGACAUGCAAUAACUUCACUGUGUAAUCAAUACAUAGAAAGAUGACUUUCUGUUCCGUUUGAUAUUCUGUUUUUCAAGUCUGUCAACGGUUAUUGUGGAAAUGAAAUUCGCGAAGAAGGAGAAGAAUGUGACUGUGGCACUCCGGAGGUUUGUUAACUUACAUUUUUAUAAUUUAUUUUUUAUUGCUUUGAUUUUUCUAUUUUUGUUUUGUCUUGGUCACUUUCUAUGUAAUGUAAGGAUGAUAGUGAUUAUAUGAAAAAAAUAAAAAUAAUAAAAAAAAGAGGGAGCAUAGGACAACGAUUUUUGAAAAAUUGUUAAAAAAAAAACUUUUAAAAGUUCUAAAACUUUUUAGAUGUCUCUCGAAUAUUAUUCAAGGAACGAAUUUUGGAAAUAAUGAGAAGUGGUGAUACUUUUGGCUCUGAUAAAGAUGUAGAGCCGAGCUUAAGGCUUAAACUGUAGACUAUAUUAUAAAAUAAUUCAAAAAGUACGCGCGCUCUGAUUGGCCACAAAACCAUUUUACAUGAGCGUAUGUAAACACAGUUUUCAUACUGAAUCUUCUCGCGGAGUUCUCCCUGCUAUUAAUUUAGCAGUAAGUCAGUUUUUUUAUAGUUUGUUUUCAGUACAGUAAUGGAAGAAGAAGAUUUUCCAAAUUUUUCUUUGGAGUUUAAUUUUCCCAGUAUUCAAGAAACGGCCGAAAAGCAAAAUGAACAGCAACAACAAGCACGUCGCUUUCCUUCGUUGGAAGAAGAGGCUCUUUCAUUAGUUAUUUUUUAAAAGAAAUGUAAAAUGGUUUCCGUGUUUACAUAGCCUGAUGUAAAAACUUGGGAGGUUGGGAGAACACUCGAUAAGCUGGAAACCAAUCCGCUUCGCCUCGUGGUUACCUACGCUCAUCUCGUGUUCUCCCAACCUCCCGCGUGUUUACAUCAGGCUAUGUAAACACGGAAACCAUUUUACAUUUCUUCACUACUACAUGAGUAAGGCUGAAAUAUAAUUUAAACACAAUUCAGUCAAUGUCAGGUCAAUUCCUAUAUUUCAAGUCACUAGAAUAUGUCUAACUUAGUUAAUAUGAUCCCGCCUGUCUGAAAACAGAUCGUAAGAUGGUCUGUUUUACACGAAUAUAGCUAAGAAAGAUCAUCAUUGAAAGAACUCGAUAACAUUAAUCUUUUCACCCAAUAAGGUAACGAAUCUAACAAUAAAUUCGCCUUCGCCCAGCCCUAAGCUCCAAUUCUUAGUUUCUAAUUUACUUAAUUCAGUUUAUUUCAAUUCAGCUAAUUACUGUUAUACAGUCUAAGAGUUUUAACUUACGAACGUUAAUUAGUUGAUUCAAGUUCUAAAUCGACGCAAGAAAAGUCAAAGUUUUUUUUCGAUAAAUAAGGAAAGAUUCAUUAUUUUCCUCAGAUGUGUGAAUUAAAAGAUCCCUGUUGUCAACCCUACAAGUGUGUUCUCAAAAGGGAAUCACAGUGCAGUGACCUACAUCAUUCAUGCUGCGAGAACUGCCUGGUAAAUAAUGUCGCAGUAUAAGCUCAAAAUCAAUUCGAUUUAUUUUAGGAAGCUGUCAGUUUUGACUGCAUUAGAUAUAAUAAAGUUUGAUGGAACUUCAAUGUAAAUUCUCUGAGAGUACACACCAUUGGUUAUAGGGAACUUAAAUAGUUUAUAAUCUAUUUUCACCCUAAUCUGCCCGCCUGUGGAACUUCGCUCGGUUGAUUCAAGGACGCAAAUGAUACAGGGACAGAGGAGCCGGGAAUUUCAAGCAAAAAUGAAACCUCUUUUUUUCGCUUUUUGGUAUUUUUGCUUUUUUGUUUCCAGAAGAAAUAUUCCCCCGGAACUAGGGCCAAAUAAAUUAUGCUGGUUGAAUUUUGGGCAUAAUGUUAUAGUCAUAAAAUCUAAUUUUUUUUUAAUUGAAAAGGAUUUAUAACAUGUUCCAGGGUUAAAUAACAAUAUUUUUGGUUUUUUUUGUGGUUUUUUUUGUCUUUGCAUGAAGCGAUCAGAAAUGCUCUUGAGAUUGAGAGUGAGGCGAGGUUACUAGGCUAUAACAACACGGUUGUUGUGCUCAGAGGGACUACUAUCUUUUCGACAUUUGGCGAAAAUAAAAGUUUUGAGGAGAAAAGUUUCUCCAAAUUAUUUUAAAUGAGCGCCAAGUUACAUGCGUAAACGUAAUAGUCAUCACCUCUUACUCACUUAUCUUUAGUUUAAGAAACAAGGAUCGUUGUGCCGUGAAGUCGAAACAGAUUGUGAUGUUCCAGAAUACUGCACUGGUGAUUCUGGCGAUGUAAGUAUAGCUCUAAGAAAUGCAUUAACUUUGGACUUUUUCGUACCACAUUAAUGAAUGACCCGGCAAUUGUAUCCCACAGGGGCGAUUAGACAAGAUAUCCAAGUUUGUCCGCAGAGGAUUUUUUUGGUUAAUUUUUGAAAUGAGUUCUGUUUUAUUUUACAGUGUCCAGGAGAUACAUACAUAAUUGAUGGAUACCCCUGCAGUCAGACCAAAACAGUGAGUGAACCCCGCGUUUACCACUAUUUAACCUUUUGACCCAUAAGAUUGACUUGAUUAAAAAAAAAAAGGUUUCUAUAUUCUUUUUACAGCAUCCUCCCUGAAUCAAACAUUAAAUUCACAAGAGUAAAGAAAUGAAUUACGUUCGUGAUUGUUAAAAAAUUAUUCUUCGCCAAACAUCAAAAAAUCGAUGAUGAGUUAUCCUUUACUAUAGACAGAUUUUACAGUGCUUUGAAGUUGAUUAAAUUUCAAUUGUAAGCAACUAAUUGUUUUUCUGUAGUGGAAAAAAUUGUUUUGAUUUCUUUUAUGAUUCCUUGCCAGUCUCAAUUUUUGAAAAAUAAUAUGGAGUGUAUAAAAAAUAAAAUAAUAAUUUAUAGAUAAGUGAUUGAGCAAUAAUUAAUUGAUUUAUUAGUUAUCCAAACUUUUCAUACCCAAGGUCUUAUUAGUAAUUUUAAUUACUGUCUGCCAUGCCAUUCUUAUGUUCUUAGCUUGUUUAAUUUGGUAUUGAAUCAACCAACAAUCCCAUGAUUCACAUAUUUCUUUACUCUCAUCACUUGUAUUGAUGUUGUAAGGGGAAAUUAUCUCUUGGUCACUCAUGGGAGUUAAAAAGGUUGAGACGGCAAAGGUGUUCUUCUGUUUCCAAAUGUUUGAUUUCAAAGAUUUUCUGAGAUGUGGCAGGGGAAGUACUACAGUCGGACCUCAGUUAACCAGAUCCGCAAGGACUGGGCUUAAUAGCACACAUAAUGCAGAUUCCGGAUAGUCCAAAAAAUGAAUGUAAAAAUUCCUAGAUGAUGGGACCAGAGAAGCAAGUUUGUACUCAAAGUUAAAACAAUUCGAAAAUUAAGAGCCAAGUUAAGACACUGUUUAUCAAUAAGGGUCGAUAAAAAAAUUCAGUAACUUCAAUCAGAAAUUUUGACCUAAAAGUUAGUGCUUCUAAAACCUUUGAGGAAUUUAAGCAAUAUUAGAAAAAAAUACGAAUUUUAUGAAUCGCUGAGAUCAUGUCACCAUCAAAACUCGUGUUUAGGCUACACUCGUAAAUAAUCCACACCCGCAAAUAUCAAGAGUGAUUUUGAGGAAAAAUACAAACUUGAUUGUUUAUUAACAGUUGUUCAUGAUAAACUUGCUGAAAUUUGACGCUGUGUAUGUGCAGCGACCUCUAUAAGUUAGCAGCUAACACGCCAAUGAUAUGGUUUUAUAAAACCUUGUUUUUGAUUUGGCGUUAUGUUUAUGGAUUUCUGGCAAUCUUAUGGCACUCUAAAAAAUGAAGCUAUAAAUUAAUUGCCUUUGUUUUCCACAGUUGGUCCAACUGCUCCAACACCUCUAAAGUCCUAUGGUCUUGAUCUUUGUCUCACUCCAUCAAGCCAGUCCUGCUCGCCAAAGGACAACGACCGUCUGAUAUACAAACCAGGCCAGUGCACGGAAAGUCACUUUCAGUUCACGCUUGAUGCCGAUGGGGUUUUACGUCAUAGUUGCAGUGGGAAGAUGGUCUGCCCUGAGAAUGGCGGCGAUGGUAAUGGUGCGAAGAUUGUUGUAAGCAGUGCUUGUAAAGUUGAAGAUUCAAAAUUUGAGCGAACAUCAGGUAAGAUUUAUUUACAAUGUAGCGCUUUUCCCUCGUGAAGUACCGUUAACGUCUUCAGUAAGGGGGCUCAGAAAAUGCAUCUUCAGUUUUUUUGCGAAAGUGACACCCAGAAUUAAUUCGUAGUGUUCACAACAUACAUCAAUUCUUUGCUUAAACACCUUCAUUAUGAAAGUAAUAUACAACAGGCUUGUAAAUGUAAAUAAAAAUAUAGUAGAUGUGCAGGUGCUCAGAUACUGAUUUGAUCCAUUUUAGUACGAGUUCUCAUCGUCUCCUUGAGAUAUUUCCGAUCGAAAAAUACAAGUGUGUCACUAUCUUUUUUUCUCUCCCUCUCUAUAUAUUUUCUCUUUUUUGACAGGACGAUCUUUGAAGCAUCUAAAGAGUAACAAAUGUAUCCAUACUUAUGGAGCUUGGCCCGGCGUCGACAGACAUAUGGUAUUGUGGUCAGGAUGCGACGAAAAACGGCUAGAAAUAUGGUUUGCAAAGCAAGGUAUAUAGAGUACCGCUCGUGUUUUCUGCAGCAUUACAUGCGCUUCACGCGCGUGCAAAUCCCAAGCACCGCAACAUGUAAACUGCACGUCACUACUCUCACCUACUCUUGAAACUAUAGUUUUUUUUCUUAAGCAGAAAAUGAUGAAUAUAAUGUCAAGGAGUUUUUGAAUAACGUAACUAAGAUAUUUUUUGGGUAAUUAAAUUUGGGAUCUCAAAAUGGAUGCAAUAAAUUGGUAAUUGAACUUCGUUUUGUGUAAUUUUGGUUUGAAAUGAUAUUAGUGAUUUCUAAUCGAACUCAACAGUGGCAGAUUUAUCACGCUUGCUUACACGCUUGCAGAACUUACUGAAAUUUUAGAAGUGAAGACACAUCUUUUACACUUUUCCCCAUGUAUCAAGCGUGGAGUAUGAUUUUGGCUUCUUGUGACUGUCAAUUUUUUCCGGUAGGCCAUAGUCAUACUACAAACGUAGGAUUUGUUUUAGCGAAACCCAAUCGAAAUGUGCUCAAACAUCACUGGUGCAAUAAUGUAUCUCUCAUAUAUAGAAUGUAUAGACCCUCUUGGAAUGCAGAGCGGUGAUAUCAAAGACAGCCAAAUUACUGCGUCUUCAUACAGACCAGCAGAUCUCCCACAUUAUGGCAGGCUGCAUAAUGGAAAGUACUGGUGUGCCAAAGAGAAGAAAAGAGACGAGUACAUACAGAUUGAUCUUGGACAGGUACCCUCAAUUUUAAUUUAUCUGAUGAUGUAAUUUCUGUUUUAAAGGCUUUUUGAAAGACAUCACGUCAGUUUAGUCUGGUGCAAAUAAAAAUAGCGGAACGUUGCGAAGUGCAUCCUUAAAAAGGAGGUUGACAAUAAUCGAAAGCUAAAGGAACGAGAUAAAACACGUGCGCUUCACAGUAUCAAGCCACAUUCUCGAUGUGUUUGACGCUGUAAGUGAUUUGAGUAAAGUUUAAACUCGGAAAUAACGUUAGUCUCAACGGAUUUUCUUCGUCUGCAUUUCUGACUCUGACAAGUUACGGGAAAGUGCAAUCAAAUAUCGAUGUUCAGUAAUUUUUUGCUUAUUUUUCAUAUUUUAGCUACGAACGGUGAACAAAAUCUUGAUACAGGGACGUGGAAACUGGUACGACUGGGUGACUGGCUUCUUCUUGUACUACAGUGAUGAUGGUCAGCGGUGGACGGGUUAUUCAGAGAGUGGAGACAAACAACACUCCAAUGUAUGGAAAAAAUUUUAAAUGGUGAUUUUAAAGGUGCCUUUAGCCUUUACAUUAUCAAGUUUUCAUGGAGUUUUACCGUAAUCUUAUAAAUGAUUCAAUAAGAAGUAAGGACGAUAUUCGCUCGUAUAGAAGAAUUGGUCAGGAAACAAGGAAAUUGUAAAUGAUUUAAUCCUAGCCCUGAAAUUUUUCUUUCGAAAAUGUCAUUCACAAGUUUCACGGCAAUAGAAGGUAGCGCACAAGUGCUCCUUUUAAGAAAAGCUUUCAAGAACCAUUAUGUGUAAAUAGACUAGUGAAGUUGUACGCUUGUGUCAAUAAGGGAGCAUCUUUCUCCGCCAUUUCUGUUUGUUAUCAUCUGAGUGUAACAGGCUCGUUGACUGAAACAACUUUUCUUUGUUUUAAUUAGUCGCAUUGCUAUCGAGGAAAAUGCAGCGAAAUUCACGAAACUCAGUGCAAGGAUUUGUGGGGAGCCAGUACGUUGAAAUGAAUGUUUUUAUUAUUGCACCACUACGCCAUUUUACCAUUUAUAUGUUUUACCACUUUACCAUCAUUCUACUUUUGGAAUGCACAAGAUGUGCAACUACGUACACUGUAGAACAGGGUAAAAAUAUGGAUAGAAAGUGGAGCAAAAAAAGGCCGUACAGAACCAACCAAAAUGAGACAUUUUCUGUCGUCUUUUAAGCUAGAAUUUUGAAUAAACAACGCGCCUUAUGUGAUCGACAAGAUGCUUAGAUAAGGCCGCAGGCAUUCGAUGGUUGAAAAUAAAUAUGAUUGGAAAUUUUGCUCAUUGUUCGCAUAAUAUCCGCACAUUUUUAUGUGUUUAACCAUCGAGUGAGAUUUAUUUGUCAUAUCUAUGCAAAAUUUGAUUCCCUUACAUAUUGAAUGUAUCAGAUCAACAAUUCAAAUUGAUAAUCCCUAAAACACUUUCAUCUUUAAUUAUUCAGGUAGGUAUUUAUGUGGUUUUUUAAUUUAAACUCAUGAAAAAAACAUUUACCUUCUCAGAUCUGAGCUUCUAACACUUCUAUCGUUUUCGCUUUUCUGUUAAUUUUCCAGCCGCCAAAAAUGCCGACGAAAGAUGUUAUAACAUACUGAACACUAAAGCGGAUGGAUAUGGCACAUGUGAUCCACUCAGAAAUGUAUCAUGCGCUGUGAGGUACAAGACCAGAGUAUUAUGAAAAAAGAUCUAAUUUUAAAUCUUUCUUAGGAAUUAAGCCUUAAACGCUAACAUCAGUACGCUCAUUCUCUAUACCAUUCUCUAUACGUUUCCUGAGGGGCUGACAAGGAGAAUUCGUAUAAAAAUCAAGACCUUCUUUAGUUGAGGAUCUUUUAUCUAUUCUCAUGACCUUAAUGUUUGAUUCACGGUGAUAUUUUAUGGAUAAAUCAGAUGCUAAUCACCCGAAGGGAUCAAAGGUUUAAGGCCACAAUCAUUUAUCUUUAUUAUAACUGAUCAGGGCAACCUGCGAAACAGUACCCACAAAAUUUGUGUUUCAGGACGUUUAUAAGGGCAGCUGUCCACUCAGGUUACUAAGGUUAUGAUUUUUUUAAUAGCAACCAGAGACCGAAAGACUGAACAUUCAGCAAUAUAUACUAUAAAUGGUAAUGGUUAUAGAGAUGAAGGAAACGAAAUUACUGUAUCUAUCAAGAGCCUCCAAGGUAUUCUGUACGUAAACGCUGCAAAAUUCCUAAUAUCGACGUGCUUGUGUUUCUUUAAAUUUUAUCUGGAGGUAAAAAAAAAUGGUUUUGAAGCAACCGCAGAUAUUUGAAAAUGAAAUACACAUUUUGUAAACGUCAGAUAUCAGUUUCUUUAAAUUUUAUCUGGAGGUAAAAAGAAAUGGUUUUGAAACAACCACAGAUAUUUGAAAAUGAAAUACACGUUUUGUAGACGUCAGAUAUCAGUUUUCCAUUUCUUUUUUUCGUUUUAUCAGAAACGUGUUAUGUGGUCAACUGCAAUGUGAAGACAGCAGAGAUAAACCUGUUGUGGACUACGGAUGGACUUACACUAAGAUCAGUAUGGAUAACGGAAAACAAUGCAGGUAUUACUUUCACUCACUUUCCUGUUGCAGAAAAAAGCACUAGUAAGUAAACAUGUUCUUAAAGAUUAAACAACAAUCAACUGAUGUGUUUAUACUAAGUUUAGAUAUCUUGAACAGUGUUUUAAGGAAAAACCAGGCCGUAAGAAUUAUUAAGGGAAAGCACUGUAUAACGCUACGGUGGUAAAUUAUCUAUUAAAAAAUAUCAACAUUUUUCGUGGUUGGAGACACCACACCUAUAGGGUGUAGGGCAAGGGUUUCAACUAUGAACCUCCGCCGAAGUCUAUUGUUUGGCGGUUCCCUUUGCCUCCUUCCACGUGAUAUUCUCGUUAGCGAGCUUUUCUUUCACACGGGGCUUCUAGGACCACUUAAGACGGUCUCUACCUCUCUACCCCUGAGGGUUCCAUUCCAGGGCGGUACAGCACAGAUUCCCAUGAAAAUUAACCAACCUGAUGCGUUCUUUCUUCCCACAGUGCUGCAACCUUGAAGUCCAUAGAUGACAUUGGUGAGGGAAUAGUCAGAGAAGGGACAAAAUGCGGAGAUGAUAAGGUACCACUGUAAAACUUAGCCCUAUCCGCUUGCAGAACGAUCCACUCAUUAAUAAUUUAUCAUUAUAAUAUCACUACGUUGUCGGGUAGAAAAAAUGAUGAGAAGAUAGCGAAUUACUAGUAAGGGAGCAUUUUUUACUUUAACACUCAAAUUCCGAAAUUUUAAGAGACUAAAUUGUUAGAAAAGUUUGGCAGAAAAUGUAUAGAAUGAUUUUGAAACUGCAGAUACUUGCGCGAGUUAUCUUCUAUGUGACACUUCAAAGGCCGUUUACGCCACAACUGAUAUUUAAAAAAGAGGAAUUUUUUAUACGAAAGAAUUACUGAAAAGAGAUCUAACCUAGUAAAUUAGACCUUGUUUUCCGAGUUUUGACGAGUCAAUGACGGCAAGAACUUCAACGCAUUUUGUUGCAGAUGUGUGUAGAUAACCAGUGUCAGACGAUUGAUUCCCUCAACUUCGGAAAGUGUCCAGUGAUGAACAACAAGGAGUGCGGGGGAAGAGGGGUAAGUCUAUGUUUUAGGGUGAGUUUUUCAAGUUCUUUGUUUGUAAUUCAUGUUGAUCCUCUGACUCGUCAGAAGCAGUGUGACUGAGUAAUUAGGGUGCUGAAUUUGUAAUUUGGUGUUCCCGCGUUCAAGCCUUUUAUCCUGAUACUCCCUUGAUUUGUUCUCGUGUGAUUAGGGUUCAAUCUUUGGCUGCACUUUGAAUAUAGCCAACUGCUCUGCCCCUGCCAAUUGGGAUUUUAUAAAACGCUUUGUUCAUUCAUAUUGUUUGUUUGCAAUUUGUUUGUAUUGGCCCCUGAAAACCUCCAUUGGGGGCGUGGUCAAUAAAGUAUCCAUACAUGUAGAUACAAAUCAUUAGCCACAAUUGUCCCGAUGUAAUCAUUCUUGUCUCCUUUGGAUUUUUCUAUCCGAGUGAGUAAUUCUCUCAAAGGCAUUUUUAUUUGUAUAAAGUUGUUCUCCAAUUUUGUGACUUUGAGUAUUUGAGUAAUCUUAUUUGUAUAUCUUACACUUCCGCCCAAGCAUAAUCUAUGGCGCAACCAUGACUUUGGUAUUCUAUUGGCAUCCCCAAAGGUGACAACCAGCAAUAUUUUGGAGAUUCUGCCCUCCUCGACUUUGUAAUUUUCUCCCGUGUUCAAUUCAAUCUAUUCCUAGUUUGAAUAUAUUCAGAGAAAACCUUCAACGUUUCUUUUUGGGAAGGCAUUCAAGUAGUGCUUUGUUUGAGCUAGUUAGUCCUCAUUUAAUAUUUUAAUAUGCAUUGUUUUGCAUUGAUUGUAUAAAUGUUUUUAAAGCUUUAGAAUUGUGAUAAGCUAUUAUAAGACGGCUGUUGAAUACAAUGAGAAAAGUUUUUGGAAGAAAGCGUACAAGUGCAUGGGACAUCCUCGAAAUGUAUUGGGGGUAGUGUUUAGGUAAUGGUUCCGGCUUGACCUCAGGAUUUUAGGGAAAUCUGAGAAAACGUCAUUGUAAGGACGAGGCAUCAUGUGUUGAUAAAUUAUAUUUUUUACUUAUUAAAGUUAAUUGAUUACCGGGUACCCAAAUUACCGUUUUAAGUUAGUCGCAUGCAAUGUUUUCAUUUUUUUUCCGCCAACGUUUCUCGAAUUUAUGGAUUUGUAUAGAACCUCAGCUGCUCAAUGAAAAUUCCAAUCUCCUCUGCCACUUUUGUAAUGCUUUAAAAGAUCUCGUCUCAGUUUGUUUAAAAAACGGAUUGAUGAAUGCAGGCGUGUAAAUAAUCUUUACUUUCUAAUUAUAUUUACAACAAGCCACAGAAAACCUCGAUAUACAAGCAACUUAGCAGGGCAUCGCGAUCUUUUUUUUUUUAACAUUUUCUCGUUUACGCAUCAACGAAUAUUUCUACAAACUGACACGAAGUUUUUUUUUUUAAUUUUUAAAGACACUUACCUGCUGACAUUAUAAAGGUUCACAAUAAGAAGAUGAAGAACGCUAGGACAAUUGAAUUUGAUUACACGAAUUUAAUCACCAGCUCUGAUUUAAUAUUCAUUGUUUGGUUCACUAUCGGAUUUGACAAAGCUUCUUCUUAUCGGGGAGUAAAAUCGAAGAGUUUAUCACACUAGCUAAAUUAAAGAACCCAAUAUUGAAUAACUCGAGGACUAACUAACUCGGUAUCAAACAUAGCGCUUCUCUGACUGCCUGCUUUACUGCUUCUCUUACUUCACUAAUCUUCCAGCAGUACAGGAAUGAGUUUUAUGUUAAGUUAAAGGACACUAAUAUUGGCGCUAUUCCCCAAGUGAAGAUGAAAUUUGAUGAAUUGGUUUUCUUUAAACUUAGCACAAUAACCAGUGUACCAUACGAUAAAUAACAAACAACUAAUGCUAAUUGCACCCACAAUGCAUUGUACACUGCCUUCCUGUAUCGCGCCAUGUUCAGUGUAUUUGUUUGGCUUGGCUGUUGCGGAAUUUGGGCGCUAUGACUACGAAGACCCCGGAAAAUCUUUGCGUGCGAAACCAUUGAGAUUGUCAGGGAAAUUGUCGUAUUGACACAGCCAAACCAAAAGGUUAUAGUGUAGUCAAAAAGACUACUUAAAGUAGCGACUCAAGAUAUAAUCCAAAAGGUGGCUAUGACGAUAUAAAUGCGCCUUAAAGCCACGACUUGUCUGUACAUCAGUCUCAACAGCAAGGCGAGAAGUCUGUCCACGCUUAUAGCUGUCAUCGUCAUUAAGGAUACUGAGCAUAAGAUAUAGCCAGUUAAAUACCAUGCAGAAAAUGUGUAUCGACAAAUUCUCCAUUUCUCACGAAGCGAGGACAUCCAAUGAGUAGCACUGAGGGGAUGAAUUAAAAGACCGACUAACAGAUCGGUUGUUGCUAGACAACGAUAGAACAGUUUGGAAGGUGGAUGCAGGGAAGAUUCCUUAUAUAGGGUAACAAAAAUGAGAAAAUUUCCAAAAAAUGGCGUGGAGAAGAAAAGAAUGCUGAGUGCUGAUAAAGAAGUUGAAAGUUGUUGUAACCUACCAUACAAUGGAGCAGAUGCAUUUGUCUGUGUUAUACCUAUUGUCAAUUUAUUGCCCCCAUCAUUUCGCCUUCAAAAGCGAGAAACAUUUUUUCCUAACAAUAUCCUCCCAUUUGCGAUCACUUUAAAGUCACGUCCUUUAUGAGAUAUGCAUAUAGACUUCCCGCCGAGUCAAGUGUCACAAACAUGUUUAUUUAUUUUUUAUUUUGUCUAAGUGGUGUUCCUAGGCUCAGUUUGAUGAUUUAUCUAUCCAAUAAUUAAAGAGUUAAGGCCUUUCCCGAUUAUGAUACUAAAACUGGCAUUUUAUGCUCCUGGAAAUUCCACUUUACGUCAAAAAAAAUGCUCAAAUUAUGCUCGAUUCUCAAUCAAUUUCAAGCAAAACGUAGAAACUCAGGCAUCAUGUGUGUAUCAGCAACUGUUUAAAGUGAAAAGUGUUUAAUUGUUUGUUUAUAAAACUCCUAAUAAAAUCAAAACUUGUCCAAAGAUAAAACAGAUAAUUAAUGUUCGAAGUCGACCGUCGAAGUCCGACCGCGGACAGCGAACCGCCGAGGGAGCAAAUCACUGAGUUAAACAGCAAGGAUCGAAUUGCACCAAUCAGAGCUGUUGAAAAACAACUACUAUCAAAGUAAAAGCGCUAUUUCUUACCCCAUGUGCUGUGUAGAAAUACCUUUUUUUGCAGGAUUUUCAUGUCGUGUUUGAUGUGCAUUCAUUAUUUCUUUAGGUUUGCACAAACAAAAAGGCGUGUCAUUGUGAGGGAGGAUUUGAUUCGAAGGACGGUUGUGCAUCAGGUAAAAGGUUAAAACAGGUUUCGAAUGACAAAAUUGGAAAGUUUAGGUUGGGUUUUCCACUCAUGAUAAACAAAGUGUAAUUUAAUUAUGUUUAAUCUGUGUACUGAUAACACUAAACUGGAGAACUUAACCUUCUUGAUGAGACAUUCUGUUUUUUUGUCGUUGAUUUUGUUACUGAUAUUAUCAGUCAGUUUGCCGUUUCAGAAGUAAUUCAUAAUUCAUGUGAUAGAUUCAUUUCUCCUUCUGCUUUGCUGAAUGAAGUAUAUUCCAAGGAUUCCCGAUGAUAAUAACAAGAGUAUGUUUUUGUAUUCUUCUAAAUUUUCCACAAUCGAUAGUUUUUAAAAAUACCAAGAAAGAUGGCACAAAAUAAAAAAAAUUAGUUGACAAUUGUUUACUUUGUGCUAAGGUUUUGUUUAUCACAGUCUCACUUGUAAAAUUAAAUUAAAUUAAUUAAAUUAAAUUAAAUUAAUGCUUGCAUUUAUUAAACUGUUUCAUUCCAGCUCUGGUGCCUCGAGAUGGAGCGUGGGGUGAUUGGUCCUCAUGGACUGUUUGUGACAAGCUCUGUGAUGGUGGAAAGAGAAAAAGACAUCGCUUCUGUGACAAUCCAUUUCCUCUACAUGGGGGGGCUGACUGCUCUGAAAAACGACACGAGACAGAGGAUUGCAAUACCCAGAGCUGUCCAAGUGAAUUUAAAUCUACUUUUAAAACUUUCUGUUACUUCCUUUUUUCUGUACUUUAAUUUAACUAGUCCUCUCAUAAAUGAACUGAAAAAAGGAGCAAUUACUCUGUGAGGCUAGAAAAUAUUCUUAAAACCUGUGUCGCGAUUUCUUAGUGUGAUUCUUGUUGCAUUUUACAAGAGAAAUGGAAUAGUAAAUUAUAUAAAAAGUUAGUGCUACAAAGGGGAAUGUGCCGAAUUAGAAGGGGGAAUCACGGGAACAAGUUUGUUCAAGUGCAAAUUUCUAAUCCUUUUCACAUGUAUCGUAUUAUGUCUUUUCUAAAACAGAGAGUAAAAAUGAUCGGCUCAACAAGUUGUGAAAGAUCCUGACCUUCUGGAGUUCAAUUAACUCAUACUCUUCACUUUUUGCUUUUAGAUUGAAAGAGAUCUGACUUAUUGGUGCCAGUCCAUUUACCGAUUUUACUGGUACUUUUAUGAAAUCUGGAAUUUUGUCUGAAUUAGUAAAGAGAUCAAUAAAAGAACUUGGAAGAUAAAAUCUCGUCUUAUAAGAGUCGUUCAGAUAAUCCCCGUGUUUUCAUUCCAAUGGAAAAAUAUAGCAAAAACUUUACCAGUGGCAAAAUUAUACUAAUUGUAAAUUUUUGUAUUUGCUACUCAGAGGUGAUAUCAUGCCGUCACCUACAACAAGUUGGCGAAGAAACGAAUCACAACUAUCCUGAUGCCGUCUACAGGAUUUACCCCACAGGUUCCCAGCCAAUCAUGGCAUACUGUGAUAUGUCGCGUGACGGUGGAGGAUGGACACUAUUGGUUACCAGUCAUACUAACAGCUGGACGGCACAGAAUGUGAAAUUACGAAACGCGAACUCUCCUAAGUUGACUGAUGAUUACUCCAUCCUACAGUAUGCAGACAGUAUUAAAGAUAAUAUCAAAGUAGCUGGCUCUACGUUUGAAUAUCGAUUAGAAGCUCAGAGCCGAGGUGAUUCAUUAUACUCAAAGAACCUUGUUCCCUUUCAAACGGGCAGGGCAGGGGUUGCUAGCGAAGCGAGUUUCCGUAGCCACAAUAACAAAGUGUGGUCAACAUGAAAGUCGGAAGUCGCGUUUUUUUUUUUUAAAUCGCCAGGUAAUUAUUUCAAUAAAAACAUUGCAGGGGAAUAUGCUAACAAAGACAAAACAAUUGCACGAAAUGCAAUUGCUUGCUCUUUUUUUAUUAACCUUUUUUUUUAAGUUAAACAUUGAGGAACACAAUUAUUGUCGUGUUCACCAACAUGGAGGAUACUAUGUCGCCAAAAUUUUCAUAACUCACACUAAAUUCUUUUCCGGUAGAGCACAUCGCAUUCUUGCUAAGUGUAGUUAGAUUUUUCCAAAAAGGGUAAAAGACUUAAACGAACUAAAAGGGGCUCCAUCCGCCCCUUCCCAUUUUCCCUUCAUUUGUUGGUUACAAAGCCCAUACGUCUUCAAAUGUAAGGGCAAACUUCACAUCACUUGACACCGUAGCGGCUCUUAGUACUCUUUUACAGUUAACACGUUUAUUUGUGUUUCGGUGGAGUUUUAUGCACGAGGACACUUUCAGAUGACCAUUAAAUAGAAUGUGAAUCUAAAUCAUGGUCAGCCCUGGAAUGAAUCUGAAGAAAGAUGCUUUAUUUUCUAGGUCGCUGGGGAGGUAUCUGGAAGGCGCCCAGAGUUUUUACGUUCACAGCUGACAACAACAAACAAACGGAUAUUGAGCUAGUCAAGAAGUUUGACAAUUGGGAAUAUUCAGACUAUGGGAUUGAACAAAGAAUGCCGUGGAUUUCUGAUGCCAAGUUAACUACAUCCCAGGAUGCUCAGCGACAUUGGUGGGGGACAAUAACAGGUGAAUAGCCUUUACUAUUAUAUAAUAAACAAGCAAUAAACUUUCCACGCACUCUUUAAAAAAUACCGAAGGCGAAGAAAAUAAAGUUUCUUCUAUUUAAUUUUGAUUUUCGAGGUAAUCACUGAAGUGACAAGGAAAGCCUGAUGAAAUAUAUAUUUAUCCUUCUACAUGCAGUCUUCCUGUCAGUCGUCUAAGUUAUUUUUUUAUGGCUUGAAAAUUCUAAUAACAUUUAUUUUACAAAUUUUUCGAAGGAAAACAUUCCCACAGCCAAUGUUUUUGUAACAAAGUUUUUAACGAAAGUUUCCCAUGUUUUACUUCGGGUAAAAAUCACCUGACGUGAAGUGCAGCGUUGGUCUUGAGAAAAAAGGAGCAGAUAAAGUGUGUGCUUUCUCAUCGGAUCCUUUCGAAACAUUUAUUUCGGAUAAUGAUUUGAUAGUUGAUAUAUUUUUCUAGCGGACGAUAUGGAAUACUACCCCGCUCCAUGGAUCAUCGGUCACCUGCAGGAGCGUCGGCCAUCAUAUAUCUGGUACUGGAUGAGAGAGGGACCUCAUGAAACUCCUAGCUCAUGUAAAGAAGUAUACUUCAGAGGGCUCCUGACAAACCCCGUGUCAAGUAAGUCUGGGUAUGUUUUACCAGGCUGAGUUGUUUAAUCCAAUAACUCAAAAUUAUUGGAAUAGUUCUUUGUUUAGUGUCAGAAGAAAUUUUUGAUUACAUUGGUUGUGCUUUAAUUUUCUCUUUAAUCUUGCAAGGGCAAAAGGAUUUUAAUUUUUAACCAACGACGUUCACACAUUUCACCUUUGGGGCCGCUUCAGAAGCUUAUGUUUAGAUUUUACUCUUCAUUGCCCGCUUUUGAUAUUUUUUUUUUGGCUCUGAUCAGCUGUUGAGAUUCUUUUGAAGGUUAUAGCUACAUCAGCUAUUCUAAAAGCGCCUGAGUGAAUAGAAACAGUCGACAGUUGAUUGCGCGUCAAAGAAACGCUUUGGCUGAAAGUACUUUGACUGAUUGUAAAACAAUUCAGGGAGAAAGUUUCACAUCCUAAUAAGCCAUGAUUGUUUCAUUCACCAUGAAGAAUAGGAAAACAUUUUCACGACUAGAUUUGUCCAUGAAAGUGAGUAAAGUAACCAUCCAUGUUAAAGUGAUAUAAAUGUGUGCCUAGAAUAAAAUUGUGUAAACUGUCCUUCUCUUGGUUGGUCGAGUACCAAGCCUUGAGAUGUCGGGUGGGUCUCCUAUAAUGAUUACCAGAGAUAAAAUACAUCGCAUUUUGAAGUAACACGGAGUGUCAUAUCCUUUUUCCAUUUCUUUCAGGCAAUUUUACAUCUGGCAACCAUUUCAUGAUUGCCAGAUAUAAAAAUUUAUUUUAUGAAUAUUAAUAAUAAUAAAUUAAUCUUAGAGCCCUGUUAUAUUAACAUGAGUAAGGCACGGCCACAAUGGCUAUGAUGAGUUGUGACCACCUAAAUUUGUCUUCGAGCUAUGAGAAAGCCACAAUAGUAUUUUGGUCGAAAAAUUUGAUUUCGAUUAAAAUGUUUAACGCCACUAAUUUUUGUCGGUUGCCUGCUAGUUAAGGUGCCCCACGUCCAGCCUACGUCCCUUAUAUCCCCUUUCAACGAUUCUCCUCCAAGUUUCCCUAAGACAGCUUUUCUUUCGUCGUUCGUCGGGAGUCCGUCUUAAGGCGACCCUAAGCAGGGCUCAGGAUGGCAUUCGAAGCGCGUGGCUGAUUAGUUUUCCCAGAGUUAAGUGUAACCGUGAAUUUUGUUUGAUUGUUUCUUUUUCAGAUGGAUUUUUCGCGAUCAAACCUCCUGGACAGCAUGAAGUUAAAACGUAUUGCGACUUUACGACUGAGGGAGGGCCCUGGACGCUACUCGUGACGAGUAAGACCCACAGCGGGUGGGACAAAGACAGCAUCAAAGAAAGAAACUCAAACAAGCCUUCUUUACAAGAUGACUAUUCCAUACUGGGGCUUGCAGACGCCAUAAAGGACUUUGACAAAGCUCAGGUGAAUCCAUCGCAAUGAGAUGAGUUUGACUUCUUAGGGAUCGAGGGGUGAUUUUCGAGGACGCGCUCAGUAUAUUUGUUGAAGGAAAAUAAAUGAUGUUUCCCUACAAAUUGGUGCCCAUACGAAAUGGGCCAAUGUCGCUUUUGAACUGAUAUAUGGAUUUUAAAGACGUUGAUAUUUCCCAUGGAGACCCGAUCAAAGAACAAUUGUAGAGUGAUUGUUGCAAGUAACCCAGGAUGCACUAUAGAGCAAUUUUCAAAUAUUUGUCGCAAGAAAUCCAUAAUUGCUUUAUGAUUUGGCUUUAUCAACUGAGUCAAUAAAACCAAAUUAUCUUGUUAUACUCCCCAACAGAUGCAGCACCACCAUUUCUCAAGAAAUUUACCCCCUUUAUUGAUGACUGCUUCAGCUUUGCCCUAGUCACUCGCGUUUUCCGCCAAGUUGGUGCCCAUACGAAAUCAUCCAACAGCUUUUACCUCCUUUAUUCAUGAUUGCUUUAGCUUUGCCUUAGUCACUCGCGUUUUCCGCCAUAUUUAGAUCACGGAAAUGCAAUAUUUUCUAUUGACACUUACGUUUGUACUGCCUUGUCUUCAAGCAGGAAUUCUUUCAAUACCGAAUUGAGGCAGACGGCAACAACCGCUGGGUAGGGAUCUGGGAAGCACCACGUGACUAUACAUUCCUAUCCACGAGCGACAAACAAACCAAAGUAAAAAUCGUGAAGAAAUUCGAUUCGUGGGAUGAGAACAGCAACUUGGGAAAGCGCAUGCCUAGACUGGGAUUAUCUAAAGAUCUUUUAUUAAGCAGUGCAUCAACUGUGAAUGACUCAUCAGGGUCUUUGGCAUAUAACAGUGGCGCUAGCUCUGCCUCGUAUCUGGAGCCAGAGAAGCCAAAACCGAAUGUUGUUCGAUACUGGAUGAGAGAGGGUGCUAGGUGAACUUCAGAUUUUGUUUUUACGUCCAGAUAGUCAUUUGAAAAUUAUUUUGAGCAGCAUAUGUCGUAAGUUAAGGCGGUGGCAGUGGUAUAAACGUACACUCUUUUUUUGCUAGUCAUUCCAGCAAUUUCACUUGACGAGGUGAAAUUCGAAUUUUUAACUCUAUCAAGGACAGAUAUAAGUAUCACGUAAUAUGUACUGUUCAGUAUAACAGUCAUAUUGGUAGAUCUCUUCCUUACAAAGUUUUUCUUGUUGAAAAAGGCUUUUGCCAUAAGAUUAGAUAUUAAUAUGUAUUUCCCCUAAUUUCUCUGGAAGAAUAGCAAACCAUUGCUUUGUGAAACAAGUAGAUCUUCAGCAUUCACAAAACGUCUGUAUCUUGAUGAAACACCAAAUUACCGUGGGCGCAGAUUUACCUUUGCAAACGAUGACUUUCGUAAAACUUAAUUGCCUUUGUUAAAGGUGCACGAGUUGUGCACCUUUAAGUUUUUCACCUUUGAUUCUUUCACUUCUAUAAUUUAGACUCGUUCCUCUUUCAACAGGCUAUCUUGUAACGAUUUGAAAUUACAUGGAGCUAGAGCUGGUAUCAAGUAUGACGAUAGUUUUCAACUGGUAAAAACCAGUGAUACCCAGUACCUCCCGGUCUACUGUGAUAUGACAACAGCAAAAGGAGCUUUCACUCUUAUUGUGACGAGUGCUAACAAUAACUGGACUCGAGCACAGGUCCCUCACAGGUAGUAAUGGAUAACAUUUGCCCCUCCUUAACCAAUGAGAUGAAAGGCUAAAGCCAAAAGUGACUUGGUCACGUGAUGCGAUAGAGUUCGUCGAAGGGCAUGUGGAAAUGCUCUUCGAUCGCAAAAAGUUGAAAUAAUAACAAGAAGACUGAUAAUAAUAAUUAUAAGAUAAUGUUGGUAAUAGUAUUAAUAAUACUAAUGACAAAAAAAUGAAAAUUAUGAUGAUAAUAGCAAGACAUUUUUUGUUUAGUUUUCAAACUAUUUACGUAAUAAAUAUUAACGAUUGCGUUUUUAUGCUGUGUCCAGUCCCAAAAAAAGAUACGUUUUAAAAUGUGUUUAGCCGGGUUUGUGUAAGGACGUUGCCCUAUUGAGAAAGUAAAGUUAUGUGAAUAGUUAUUAAAGCGAUCACGGUUUUUUGAUAAAUAUUUCUGUCAUUUCUAGAAAUGUCCUUCAUCCAGGACUGAAUCGAGACUACUCCAUCCUAGACUUAGCAGACAGUAUUAAAAGCCUGAACAACAAUGGCACAUUCCAGUACAUGUUGGAUGCUCAUUCUAGACGCCACUGGGGAGGGAUUUUUGAAGCUCCUACAUCUUACAGGUAGGAAAACAGGAAAGAGAAUGAUGAUUCUUAUUCUAAGACAAAAGUCAUAACUUUAUUCCAUCCGCAGUUUACAAGAUCAGUGGUUACAGUAAACUAGCUAAUAACUGAAUGUAGCAAGAAACGAGGUGCGCGUUUUGUAGAUGCAUAAUUUGAAUAAGGCUUUCUUUUCUCCCGAUAAAAUGAGGGUACGUCUUGAAAAAUGGAUGUUUUAAAAUCGUUCUUUCCAUUAUUCGAAAUAACUCAUUUGUUGAUAGCUUUACUCUACCAUUGGUGGUGACUGUAAAACUUUAGUCAAAUAAUUUAAAAUUCACAUUACUUCACAUCCAGGAUGACCCAACGUAUUCUACAGCAAGUUUACAUAUGAUAGUCAUGAUUGUUAAGCUCUGUCACUCGCGACGGCUGCAGCAACAUUCUGCUUGAAAAAAAGGUGCUGCAUUAAACAAAAUAAUGUGUAGUGUACAAUAUACGAGUACUGUAGGCGGUAUACAUCUGGUUAUUGUGGCUUAUGAUAGCGUCGUUGGACAGCCUUCAGGCGGAGUUACAAAGUGAAAUCAACUGAUUCAUUUGUUCGGUUAUUCAUUAAUCUGUUACGUGAUUCGUAAAGAGCCUUUAAUGGUUUAAUUAAUUGAUCUCUAAACUCACUUACUCGACCACUCACUCAUGUGCCCGUAAGUACGCGAACGCUUGAACGCACGCAUACACCCACCCACCCGCUCGCUCGCUCAUUCACUCACACGCUGACUAGUUCGAUUCUUCUGUGCUUAUUGAAGCUUCAUGGCAUCGGAUAAUUCGCAAACCAACGUCGAAUUAACGACGAAAUUUGACGAUUGGAAGUUUUCCUGGUGGAAGUCGUUAAACAAGAGAAUGCCGUGGUUUGACGCCAAAGGAACUGAGAAAAAGGCUCUGCUGACCACAUCCAGCAGCACGACCUACUACCCGUCGGGUUCGAUCAUUUGGGGCGGCUCGGACCGGUAUCCGUCCGAUUGGAUUGGGUAUGGGGGAAUGCAAAAUCCAGGAGUGAUCUGGUACUGGUUAAAUGAGGAUGAUUGUGACGAGGAGAGAAAACCAGGUAUUGACGUAAACGCAGGGAAUUACCCUAAAUUUAAGUACAGCAAACUGGGCCAGUUCGGUAUGAACAAUCACUACUCCACACUGUUUCUACAUUUUACAAUUUUGUUUUGCUUAUGUGGUUCUGCUUGGGUUCUUAGAUCUCCCCUUUUGUGACCGGCUCACCAGCUGGCCCGAAUAGCGAGGCGAAUUUUUUCUUCUGUUGUUAUAGGAAAUGUCAGUUAGGUGUAGCAAGAGGCAAUUUUACCCCAGUCACAGGUCGUAUGAGGAAUUUCAGCCCGCAAUCGAUAGCCAAGAUUAACAAGGCGAGACCCUCUAUAGCAAGCGGGGUUAAGUAUUUCCUAAUAGUGACAAUGUAAGCCCGUUUACAGAGACCUUGGAAUCAAAAACCGAGAUCAAGACAUCCGGGCUUUGCUUGCUCUCAUAAAAAACACUAAGCAAAUUUUUGAACGGAAACAAUGUUGAAUCUAGAUCUUAAACACCGAGCCCACGACUUGCAGGCGAGAAAUUUUCCAUACAAACACUUUAGCCUGAUUAACGAGAUAAGUGAAGAGGAUUGCGCCUAGCUAGUCUUUAGGUAUUGGUAAGCCUUUUUUAUCUUUUUAGAAUCAUGCGCUAAUUACAAAUGCAAUAAUAAUCUUCGUGAAAUAAGUUUUUGGAUUUCUUAAGAUCUUCAUUUUUGUUUGAAAAUUAUUUCUUCUAUCCCAUUGUAUUUGUUGAACAUUUGUUUUGGCAUUCAGUGGAUGGCGGACUAACCGAGUGGGGUGAAUGGGGAAACUGUGACAAAUUGUGCGAGCCUAGUAAGCAGCGAAGGUACAAAACAUGCACAAACCCCAAACGACGUUGUGGUGGAAAACUGUGUGAUCCAAGCAUUCAGAAAAUGCAUGAAAGAGACUGCAUGUCUUGCCCUGGUAAGUGAUUAUACCUGAUUAUACCUGAUAGCGUAUUGACCAAGCUAGGUACAUUGAAGUGACUGUUUGAUGUGCUUCUUUAGAGAGCGGAAUACGAAGUUACGGUGACUUCUGUGUGACCUCAAGUAAAGGAGGUUGUUCCCCUCCUGACGGCAGUUAUCUCAUCUUUACCAAAAAGGAAGGCACGGUUUGUAAUGCAACCGAUCAGAUUUUUGUUCUCGACCAGGAUGGAGUUAUUUAUCAUAAGUGCAGCAAGAAGGUAGUUUGUCCACAAGGUAACAGUUUUGUUUUUUUUACUUUCUACACUGCAUUUUGUUGUUUUUGGUAACAUUUAUGAACGGUAUCUGAAUUCUUAUUGACUAUAUUCGUUGUUUUUUUUUCUGUUUUUUAAGGGCUACGAUUAACAGCAAAAUUUUAGCAGUGAUACCCUAACAUUUUCUCAGUUGAUAAUAUACAUGGAAAAAUUUAUCAGUUCUGAUUGGUUAAGAUAAAUGCAGUUUUCAGGUAAUUCAGUGCAGUAGAGUGUUAAUUCAGUGCAGAAGAGGGUUAAUUCAGUGCAAAGAAAUUAACAAAUCAGACAUUCUGAUUGGUCAAUAAUCAAAGAAACUCACAGAUAGGCAAUCAAAUGCAAGCCUUGGAUGUCGCAACAAAAUUUGAAAAUGUGAAAAUUUGCGAGCGAAACAAUGACCGGCGUUUUAAGUAGGUUUUCUUUCGCCACCGCCACUGAGAAACAGCUCAAACAACGAAAAUACUGUAAAAAGCACUGCUUCUUAGUUUUCGGUUUGGAAAAAGUGGUGUUUAGGGAAUGGAAUUGCUAAGGAAAUCGAAAAUUACGAGCCGACCUAGCUUAACAUUUUGCUCGAGCGAUCCAACACCGAAAUUAGAAACAAACAUGGUUAAACCUCGGAAACGACGAUUCCAUUUCAUCGAAAGUGAUUCGGACACAGACUGAAAAAUUCCUUGAACGGUUUAGCUGGACUUUGAACUCUUUUGCGCCUUAAAGAUGUGAAGAUAUCAUUGCAUAUUAUUCUUUUGAUCGUACGUUGUUGUUUGGACCGAACGUACGGUUUGAAUAAAUUAUUUUUGCACUUGAUGCGCGCCCUUUGCUUAUGCUUAAUUUUGAUAAGCCAUCUCGAAUUUUUCCAUGUAUAUUAUUAACACGUAAUCACAUGAUUUUUCUCGUGCAAUUUGGAACAAACAAGCACUUGUUAAUUUUUUCAAAGACCACAAAUUGCACUCGCCCCACGGGCUCGUCUUUAUUCCAAAUUGCACUCGAAAUCAUGUGAUUACCUAUAUUAACACCAACAUUCCGAAGGUGUUAUUCCCCUUUCCAGGCUUGACCAUUAAAAUUCUCCCUUUUCAGGAAUAGAUCACUUUGCUCGUGUACCAACAUCUCUCGGGAAUGAGAUAUUAAAAUUUCCAGUGAAAAAAUUCUUUUGUCGAAGAUCGUUUGUCUCGAUGGAAACUUCUUGAAAAAUUUGAACCCAGAUUCGUAAGUUCGUCACACACAAUCCAUUUUUUGAGACUUGAACUUUGUUUGUCGGUUUUUUCCCUCUUAUUUUUGGCAGACAAUAACCCUACCAAUUGGAAGAAACUUAUGUUAAAGGAUAAAUGCGAUCUGAGCAUUUCAAGGCAUGUCAGGUAUGUUGUAGAUGCAAAGGCUGUUACCUAAUGACAUAAUUUUUGCCUCAUAUUUAUUCUAGUUCAUACAUUUCCCUUCGUGAUAACUCAUAUGGAAACUUUUACCUCAUAUUUAAAGCUAAUUCAUACUAUCCCUCUCGUGAUAAUUCACAUGACAAAUUUUGCCUCAUAUUUUAACCUAAUUCAUGCUAUUCCUCUCGUGGUAAUUCAUAGAGACAAUUUCUGCCUCAUAUUUUAACAAAAUUCAUAUUAUUCCAAUCGUGCUAAUUCUUUCUCUUCCAAUUACACUAUUUAUCAACGCCUCGAGUUAUCUGCUUUCCAAUAUAUAUCAGGAAGUUGCACGUUUCUCUUUAAAAACCUAAAUAGCAUUCCAAGCAUUUUCAUACCGACAACACCAAAUUCUUUACGGGUCUUUUCCUACACAAGGCAAACCACCUUUAUGUUCAUGACAUACAUAUCUCGGAAAAAUGAAGUGACGAAAUCGUCAAAUCGGUUUUAUUUAUUGAUAUUCCAGUUAAAGUAUAUCUCUUUUCGUGGAGAAUAAUGGUUUACUCAUGCAUAGUUUUUUGGUCACUUUAGGUUGCCGACACACAAUAACCUGAAGAAUUUGAAGAACGAUUUCUGUGUUCAUCCAAACGGUGGAUGGCCUGGGGAGGGAGUGCACUUGUUGUACUGGCCAGGGUGUGGCGAAGAAAGAUUGAAGCUCAACUUCUUUGAACUUGGUAAGACAAAUUUCAGUGACCCCUGA